AUGUUACCAGAAACAAAUAAUGAAAAUUAAUCCAUAGAAAUAUAUGAAGAAUUUCCAGGAUCUAAAUCAUUCUCUAUUUUAGGACUAUUAACUCUAUCAUUACUUUAUGCUAAAAUGACUGUACAUUUUUAUGUUAAAUGGACUAUCAUUUUAAGUCAUAUGAUUUUCUUUUUUACUUAUAAGUUUUUAAAGAGCAUUUACAAUAUAAGUUAAUAAUCUUGUAAAAAUAACAAUUAAAGUUAUAAAUAAAGAAAAAUCAUUAUGUUAUGGAAUUUAUGCUAAUUAUUGAUUACAGCACCUUUAGCAGUGUCUACAUUUUAUUUGGGAGAUUUAAUAGAAAAGGCUAUUUAAUAAUAAGAUAUUUCAGAACCUUUAACUCAUUUAUUUGCUUGUUUUGCAUUCACAUUAUUAGUAUAUUUACUAUAUUCAUGA